CCACUUUUUAUUAAGAAUAUAUUCCAAGCUCCUAUGAACUUUUUGGAAUCACUGAGGAAGAAAUGUCCUCCAACACAGCACUAUAAUGACUACGGAGCACAGGGUUAAAGCUAAACACGAUGUGAAUGGUAACAGGACAGUGCCACCGUUCCCAGAGGGAUUGCAGAUGGUCUUAUUUGGCAUGGGUUGUUUCUGGGGAGCUGAGAGGAAGUUCUGGGUGCAAAAGGGGGUCUAUUCCACUCAAGUGGGCUACUCUGGCGGUUACACCCCAAACCCCACCUAUGAAGAGGUGUGCACAGGUAAAACAGGACACGCAGAGGUGGUUCGCGUGGUCUAUGAGCCCGAGAAAAUCAACUUUGCACAGUUGCUCAAGGUAUUUUGGGAAAGCCACGAUCCAACACAAGGAAUGCGCCAGGGCAACGAUGUUGGAGCGACCUAUCGAUCAACCAUUUAUGCGUAUACACAGGAACAGCUUGAUCAGGCAUUGCACUCCAAGGACGAAUAUCAGAAGAUGCUGACUGAAGAGGGUUUUGGAGCCAUCACCACAGAAAUAACAAUGACUAAGGAGUUCUACUAUGCAGAAGACUAUCACCAGCAGUACCUCAGCAAGAACCCCAACGGCUACUGUGGACUGGGUGGCACCGGGGUCUCCUGCCCAAUAGGGCUGAAGAGUAAAAAUUAGCAUGCUUUUACUGUCCUUUGGUUAGACAAAUUCAUAUUAACUUGCCUUAAUUGAAGCAAUCACCACUGCAAUACCCAGGCCUACAUGAAAUUGUUGGAUAUAAAUAAAAAUUGUAUAAUACAACUGCUUUAUAAUGCUUUAAUGUAUAAUAUAUAAUAUAUAUAAUGUGACCAAUACGUUUGAUAACAAAAUCAACUGACAUUUUCCAUGUAAUGCAAUGACAUGCGUACAUUAAGUGUGGCUUAAGUGCCUAUAUACUUUUUGGGUCCACUGUGUACUUGAGAUUUAAAUAAAAGGACACAUUCUUGUCUGUGGCAGGCAUGAUUGUGGGUUCA